CCUCCUCCUCCUCCCCACCACCACCAUCUCCAUCACCCACCAACAACACCACAAUAAUCCACAGCCAAGAAAUUCACCUUAUUCUACUACAACUACAUGGGGUUGGCUGAUACUUGGUUGUAUCUGAGUCCCAGCACAGUUGAAGAAUAAAGCAUAGUUGCAUCAGUAAUGAUGGCUCACUCAACUGGGAGCAUCUCUCUGGAGACCAUCAUGCAGACAUCAGAGACUGGGUCUGACACAGGUUCGACAGUGACCUUACAGACAUCUGUGGCUAGUCAAGCAGCAGUGCCUACACAGGUGGUACAGCAAGUACCAGUACAACAACAGGUACAGCAGGUACAGACUGUGCAGCAGGUACAACAUGUCUAUCCAGCUCAGGUGCAGUAUGUGGAAGGAAGUGAUACUGUCUAUACCAAUGGAGCAAUCCGAACAACAACUUAUCCUUACACAGAAACACAGAUGUACAGCCAAAACACUGGAGGGAAUUACUUUGAUACUCAAGGGAGUUCGGCACAGGUGACGACUGUGGUCUCAUCCCACAGUAUGGUGGGCACUGGAGGGAUUCAGAUGGGCGUCACGGGAGGACAACUCAUCAGCAGCUCUGGAGGAACCUAUCUGAUUGGCAAUUCAAUGGAGAAUUCUGGUCACUCAGUGACACACACCACUCGGGCCUCCCCAGCGACAAUUGAAAUGGCGAUUGAGACGCUGCAAAAGUCUGACGGUCUGUCCACUCACAGGAGCUCUCUUCUCAACAGCCAUCUCCAGUGGCUGUUGGACAAUUACGAGACAGCAGAAGGAGUGAGCCUUCCCAGAAGCACUCUCUACAACCACUACCUACGACACUGUCAGGAACACAAACUGGACCCAGUCAAUGCUGCUUCUUUUGGAAAACUAAUAAGGUCAAUUUUUAUGGGGCUACGAACCAGGAGAUUGGGAACUAGAGGAAACUCCAAGUACCAUUACUAUGGGAUUCGUGUCAAGCCAGAUUCCCCUCUUAAUCGUCUGCAAGAAGACAUGCAGUAUAUGGCAAUGAGGCAACAGCCCAUGCAGCAGAAACAAAGGUACAAGCCUAUGCAGAAAGUGGAUGGGGUUGCAGAUGGUUUCACAGGAAGUGGUCAACAGACAGGCACAUCUGUUGAGCAAACUGUAAUUGCCCAAAGUCAACAUCAUCAACAGUUUUUAGAUGCAUCUCGAGCACUUCCAGAGUUUGGAGAAGUUGAAAUCUCUUCUCUGCCAGAUGGUACUACCUUUGAGGAUAUCAAGUCACUACAGAGUCUUUAUCGAGAGCACUGUGAGGCAAUAUUGGAUGUUGUUGUGAAUCUUCAGUUUAGCCUGAUAGAAAAACUGUGGCAAACAUUCUGGCGCUAUUCUCCCUCUACUCCAGCUGACGGCACUACCAUUACUGAAUCAAGCAAUCUGAGUGAAAUAGAAAGUCGACUUCCGAAAGCAAAGCUGAUAACUCUGUGCAAACAUGAGUCUAUCCUGAAAUGGAUGUGUAACUGUGACCAUGGGAUGUACCAGGCUCUGGUGGAGAUUCUCAUCCCCGACGUCCUUAGACCUAUUCCUAGUGCCUUGACCCAAGCCAUUCGAAAUUUUGCAAAAAGCCUUGAAGGUUGGCUUUCUAAUGCCAUGAACAAUAUUCCACAGAGAAUGAUACAAACCAAGGUUGCCGCUGUAAGUGCCUUUGCCCAGACUCUGCGAAGAUACACGUCGCUCAAUCACCUGGCCCAGGCAGCUCGUGCAGUGCUUCAGAAUACUUCUCAGAUCAACCAGAUGCUCAAUGACCUCAACCGUGUUGACUUUGCCAAUGUCCAGGAGCAGGCUUCCUGGGUGUGCCAGUGUGAUGACAACAUGGUUCAGAGACUAGAAACGGACUUCAAGAUGACUCUCCAGCAGCAGAGCACCCUGGAGCAAUGGGCUGCGUGGCUUGACAACGUGAUGAUGCAAGCCCUGAAGCCCUAUGAAGGAAGACCCAGUUUUCCUAAAGCUGCCAGGCAAUUUCUGCUAAAAUGGUCUUUCUACAGCUCAAUGGUUAUUCGGGACUUAACCUUACGCAGUGCUGCUAGCUUUGGCUCCUUCCACCUGAUCCGUCUACUCUACGAUGAGUAUAUGUUCUACUUAGUAGAACAUCGUGUUGCUCAGGCAACAGGAGAAACACCCAUAGCAGUCAUGGGCGAGUUUGGUGAUUUAAAUGCCGUGUCUCCUGGAAAUCUGGAUAAAGAUGAAGGCAGUGAAGUGGAAAGUGAAAUGGAUGAAGAACUAGAUGACUCUUCAGAACCUCAAGCCAAAAGAGAGAAAACUGAGCUGAACCAGGCGUUUCCAGUGGGCUGCCUGCAGCCUGUCCUCGAGAGCAGUGUGCAGCCGAGCCUCCUGAGUCCAAUGCACAGCGAGCACAUCGUCACAAGCACUCAGACUAUCCGGCAGUGCAGCGCUACAGGGAACACCUACACUGCGGUCUAAGGAAUAUUAAAGUGUGUUUUUCCAGCUAACUUUAACCCUGUUGAUAUUGGGCUUAAGUUGAAAAUUGAAUAAGCCUGAAGGUCAACUGUUGUCAAAUUCUGUCUGUGCUGAACAUUACCUUUCUGGAGUUGUGAAAUGGAAUGGGUGUAUGUAUUUUGCCAGGUCUUUUUUUUUUUUUAAUGUAAACAAAUGAUUUGCCUCUUAAUAAUAAGAGUUUUUUUUUUCUUAGUUUCUGGUGUCAAGAAGGAUUUUUACAACACUUAAUAUUUUUGUUUUCUUAUAAUUAAAAAUAAUUUACAUUUUUGUAGUUUAAAAUAUUUUAUUGUUGAUUGUUAGUCUUGGUGUAUUUCAUGUGUAAGUUUUUAAUUAGAUGCACUUCUGUGAAAUAUCAAAAGAAAGACUUUCUUUGAUUUACACUGGAGGCAUGCCCAUUUGGCAGCAGAUGCAUCAAAUUUGCUUUUGAAAGGUGCUUCUCAUUGGACAGAACUGCAAAACACUAUUUUGAUAACGUUUUGGAGUAUGGAGAAAGGAUACAGAGCAUUUUUAUUAUAGCGCUAGAGGGUUGGGAAGGUCAUCUAUUUUUUCUCUGAAGAAAAAUUGAGCUGUGCAUUUAUCAGUUCAGAGUAAAUGACAGAAAUGCAAGAGAUUAUGCUAAUAUGUACAUAAUUUGUGUACAUAAUUAUUAAAUCAUGUUAAUGCAAGCUUCCGUUAAACAUUGAAUUUUAACUGCUAUCUGCAUACCAAUUCCUCUGUGUAAUGACUACUGAUUCUGUAUUUGGGACCACUGUACAGAUGCAUUCUGCUGUCGAGUGGGGCUGUUAUAGUUAGAUACUGAAACUGAAAAAAAUGACUUGACUUUUUUUUUUAAGUGUAUGCUACUUAUGCUGAGCUGGACGUACAGGAAACCAUUCCAUUUGGAUGACUUUCUUUUAUUCCAGGUCUUUUUCCUAAUAGUAGUUCAAUAUGCUGCUAUUAUAAAAGAAAAUUUAUAGAAUGCAAGGAAUGUAGCAACCUGCAUAUCAUUUUUUCCUUCAAAAAUAUUUCCUGGUUUCUAAAGUAUGUGGAUUUAAAUUUUAAACAGAACCUGAAGGCAGUGUAACUGGCACACCGUACUGUUGCUUAUCUCCAAUUCUGUAGGAUUUGGGUAGGUGGCCGGAUGGACCAGUGCCAUCGAAGAAUGUACAUCAGGGAUCAUCGUACCUCGGCUAUAACAUGGUGCCUUAAAACAGAACUGAAGCUAAGGUUUAGUAAGGCUUAUUUUGGUCAUGUCAAUUCUUCUUCAGUCAAUCCACUUGACAAGUUGUGCCUGUCAUUUUCAGAUUUUCAAAGUAAGGACAGGUGACAUGUUCUUCAAAGGAAAUGGAGGGCAAAUAAAGCAAAACAGACAAAAAAUCAUUUUCCCUCUUUGAGUGACCGUGAACCUAUGUUUUGUUCUUAGAGCCGAAUAUUACUUGAUUAUAUAAUCAAAUUGUUUAAGAAUGUGGAAUAGCAGGCUAGUUUUAAUUACCAGCUUGUUACAUAAAAUCAUAUAUAUUUAGGUCAUUCUUUUCUAGUUAUGAUUUAAGACAGUUAAAAUAAGUAGGUACUUAUCGAAGUGCAUCUUUUCAGUCUAAAUGUCUGUCUGUGUGUCGUGGUGUCUGUGCCCAUGUGCACACGGGUGCCCCUGGGCAGGAGUCGGCCGCAGAGUCGGAAGGUGUGAUCCUGGAGUGGAUACGCCCCUCCCCAUUUUAAUUUACAUGAAGAGCCAAGGUUCUUUUAAGCACUCAAUUAUUAAAAACAACAAAAAAAAGCAGGCACAUCCAUUAAUUUAAAUAGUUCUUAAAAAGCUAAUCAAGAAGAAUAAAUACAUAAAGCCAAAAAAAGGGAAAGCACAAAAUAAUUCACAGAUUAUCUAACGGGGCCUAUAUUAAACUCAAGAUGUUUAUCUUUCCUGUUUUACUGGGGUGGAGGGUGGGGUGGAAAGAAGAGGGUGAGCCAAUCUGUAAAGUUAAAAAUACCAAAUGGCUUAUUGGGUGAUGUGCAGGCUUUUUCAGCUGCUGUUGCUCGAUUGCCUUAGACCUACUCAGAUAGCUAAGAUCAACAUGCUUCUUAGGUAAACUUUAAAUGUUUUAGAUGCAAUUUUUUUAAUUGAUUCAAAUUUUGUAUUAUACAACUCAUAUAUUUGAAAGCCUUUACUAGCUCAUCACUUUUAUCUAAAUAUCUUUUCAAUGAUCAUCCCCCUUUUUUCUCCCAAAAAGGCAAUGAAUUUGUACCAUCACAUGCACAAAACAAGGAAGCAAGACACCUUAAGCUGCAAAGACUGUGUACCUAUUUUAUGGUGCAUUAGGAAAUAUUUACAGGUAAAUUUAAAUCAAAAAAAUGAAAGAAACACUCUUCCUCUGACUCUCCUUUCUUAAUUUUUCCACCUUCCUCACCCUGUCCACCACCCCAAGAACUAUACUGUAUCUGUAUUGGACCAAAUGUAUUUACGAUAUCAUUUUGUUUAUUGAACAGUUUUUAAUGUACUUAUGAUCAUUGUUUCCUUUAAUUUAAUGUUGGAUAUAUUUGUUAGAGGAAUCUGAUAGUGGAAUAUUAGAUUAGUUAAAGUUAGGGAUUGGGGAUCCUCCAGGAUUCAACAUUUCUUUCAAUUGUUCAUGGUUUGGUCUAAAAUUUGGACAGAUUGGGAAUUUAUAAAUAUUACUACAUUUCAACUCGACUAAAAAUAUUCUGAUCUGCAUUAUGAAUACAGUUAGAAACAUUAAUCUUUGUUAUUAGUGCAGACAGUUCUGACCAGUAGACAAAUAAUUUCUGUGAUCUGUGCUACUUCCUGUUAUUUCUAGUCCACAAUGACAUGCGCACAUUUACAAUCACAAAGAUCUCAACAGUUUUGAUUGAACUUGAAUUGUGAAAUACAUUAGAAAAUGCAAACAUAAUUUAUACAUUUGAGCAAAUUGAAGCCACUGCAAUUAACUGCAUUUAUCAGACCUUUUAGUUCCAUUUUUUCACUCAUUGGAAACUGUGACUUUUCUAAGUAAUAUUAGACACUAAUACUCUCAGCAGGUUUAUUGACAAGUGACAAGGACACAUGUUAAGAACUUCGGAAUGUUUCUUGGCAUUGUCAUCAAACACUAGUCAUGAAAAGUAUCUACAUAGACCAAGCGAUGCACUUUCAGUGAGGAAAAAUGUAAGGAAAGUGUGUUGGCUGUUUUUAAGUUACAGAAAAGGUUUUUUCACUUAAUAGGAUUGAGUAUCAUGAGUAGUUUGAUCUUCACAUAUGCUUUGAGAAUCAUACCCAAAAGAUUUGCAUUCAUAAAGCCAGUGAACAAGAGGGUGAAAUGGGAGAACCAUUGCCUUGGAACACAGGAUCCAACUUAAACCAUUUUUUUUUGGAUAGUAAGUAGCUGGUCACUUUUUCAGGAUUUUCUUCCAAACUAUGUUUGGACUGACUGUAUAAGUCUUACUGCCUUUUCAGAAAUCUGCUUUCCUUUGUGUGCUUUUUCUUGUACUGUAUAGCACGGUUCAUGCACCUCUCUUUAGAUGGUGUACUUUAAAAACAAAAGUAAAAUUCAGAGAACGGUUUUAACACUGCAUAAGUGAAAUUAAUAGUGUUCGACAUUGACUGCCUUUGAUUUGUAGUAGACAAGUGAAAAUGAACACGUUCUUGUAGAAUGCCGUUGAAGUCGUUCAGGAAUGAAUACGGUUUCAUUACUGUAAUCAUGAACCUUUUUACAUGGCUGCACUCUCUAGAAGUUCUAAAUGUGAUGCAUUUUCGAAUUUUAAAAAUUCCUCAGAUGAUAUAUUUGAGAUGUCUAAAAUAAUGCUGUGCUUGAAACAUUAGUGUAAAAGAAAAAAAAAUGUGUGUCACUGUGAUGUUGGUCCUCCCCGUGUGGACACAGAAAGUGAAAACACUUUGGCAAGUCACCUUUGUGUACUUGAGGCAGUGGUUGUAUACAGCAGAUGGACCUUUGCUAUAGCCUCCCCUCCCCCUCGUACUUGGUGAGGCAACAGUAGCUGUCAGAAAAUCACACCAGCCCUUGGUAUUGGUGUGAAUUGCACCGGAACCUGGGGAGAGGUGGUCAUGCAGUGCUAUUGAAAACUGGGCUUGUCACUAGAUCAGAUCAACCUCCAUGUACAUGGUUAGAAGAAAUCAAUUAAUGGAAUCCUAGUAUUUCUGCAAGUUUGAUGAUUUAAAAAAAAAAAAACUGGAAUAGAAGCAUUAAUUCAGUGCUUAGUUCCAGUGUCAGAAGACCCCUUUGAUGUAAUGCCUUGUAUUAACCCUUUGAGCAUUGUAAGAUAGACAGCGGGGGACAAAAGCCUUUCGGAUCCUUUAUUUAGACUUAGACUGGUAAAAUAUACUCUAUAUCCAAAUGUCUAAUUAUGCUGUUUUUUUAAAGGGGGGGUAGGAAGAGAAAGUGUUUUCAUGCUGAACACUUGCAUUUUAUAUACAACUCUUAAUUUUCUUCAAGAGGGCUUGAUAUAUUUAUUCCCAAAUAUUCACUGCCAUCUAAGUAAGUGUACUGUUUACAGAAACAAAAUCGACUUUUCUAGCAUCACAGCACGACUCUAGGAAAGGAGGUCAGUGCAUGGGCCUGUGGACCCGUGUCCCAGUCGGUCUCUGCACAUGGGAAGUACCUAGAUUGCCUUUACAAGGUAUGAGAAAGGAAGGGUUACUUUUUUUUCCAAAAUGCAACAAAACAAAACAAAAGAUCUCAUUUAUUUAGCUUUAGAAAGUACAAUUGUUAAGUGAAGCCUUAGGAAGAAAUGAGUUUGAGCACCUAAAGAAAAGCUGAACUCUUUGGGGGCAGGUAAUCUAUCUGGAAUUAGAUCUCUCAUAACAUAUUGUUUGGGAAUUUCAUACAGGGCAUAAUUUUAUUUAUGCUCCAAAAGUUUAAUACUUUGUCAAAAAAUUAUAUAUAGAUAGAAUGGAGAGCAAAGCACUUGAUCUUAAGCUCAUCUGUCAGGAGAUGCCCUAACUACUGCUUCUGGUGUCUGUAAAUGCCAGUCUGCUCACACAGUUGCCGACUCUGUCCAAGGGGCGCUCUGCGUGCCCUGGACUCCUAUGUCCCUGUGCGAUGGAGCAGGAGAGCAGCGCCGUCUGCACCUGUGCUCGCGCUGCCCCAGCCAGGUGCACCCGAGAGCGUGACCUACUGCGAUGUCUGGUGAAAGGACAUCCGUACUCUAGUGCAAGUCUGCCGUAAACAUGGCUUUCAGGCAGUUGAGGAGGUCAAACCAUGCAAAUUACUCGUGUGUUAACAUGCAAUACUCAAAGGGUUUUGAUUUAACUCUUCUUUUGAAUUCUUCAUGAUGAUUUACUGUAAAUGCUUCUCAGUUUGCAUGCUCUGAUCAUUGCUGCUAGUGAUUUUAUGUGCCAGUAGACCUGAGUUUAGUUUACCAAUUUUACUUAAAUAGUAAAAGCCACUUACAAAGUGACUGCCUAGGAUUCUUCCCUUUUGUUUGAAGUAAUUGGUAAUAUGUUAUUUUCAAAAAUGUGUUUUGUCUCUUAUUGGUUCUGAUAUUUGAUUCUUUCUUUCCCUCUUUCCUUUGUUCUUUAAAUAAAUUACGAUGUUGGGAUUGGAAGCCCUGAGUAAUGAAAUCUUUGGUAAGAAUUGUGUAUGUAGCUCAAUAAUGAGGACAACAAAUCAUUGUUAGAGGAAUUUUGAUUCUGGGGAGGAAAGAGAAAAUAAAAAUUCCCAUUGACUGUUGCUGACCAAGUAAAUUGUUCCUUCAAUGAAUUAAUAGUUUUGAACAAAUGAUUGCCUUGUUUAAACCUGCUAACCACAAUUUUAAAUAACCCAAUAAAGGAGGUAUUGAAUUUUAUUCGUUUAAAAUGCAUCUUUUGUACCAAAGCAAAUUUUUUUCUCUACUCAUCUCCAUCAUCAAUUGGGACCUAUGGUGGUGGCCAAUGUGUUGGUUACAGAAACUUUAAGUGAGUGCCUUGAGAAAACUUGGAAAUUUGUGCCUGGGGUGGUAAACUUUUAAUUAGGUUAAUUGUAGUGCUUACCAAUCAGUAAUUCUACUAUCACUCAGGGCUUUCGUACCUUCUAGGUAAAACUUCUUUCAUUGUGUUUUUUUUUUAAAUACUGUAUUUUUUUUGUGCCAUCAUUUAAAUUUCACUUAGUAAGUGGCAGAUGUCAUUAUUCAGUCCCACAAGCACAGAAACAUAGUAACACUAGGAGAUGUUUGAACAUUUAUUUCACAGUCGACUGAAUAUAUUAUGUAAAUGAGGUAAGCAACUUUUGUAGAGAGUGUGUGUGUGAGAUAAUGUAAUGUUCUUUUCCAGUUUUUGGACUACAGUUGAAUAAACUUUUUAAUUAUUUAAAAACAUCUUUA